AUGGCAAGGGCAAGAAAGAUUGGAGAAGGAAGAACUAUUAGGGUUGCUGAUGCAGUUCCAGUUGAAAGUUCUGGUAUUUUUGAUAUAUUUGGUGAAAAUUUUGCAUGUGGAACUGUUGAACUGGCUGAUGAGGUCCACAACAGUGGAGCCUUGAAUUACAUUGUUGAAAAUACUGUUUUUGAAGCUGGUGAAGCCUUGUUAGAUGCUGAAUAUGUUGUACAAAAUGUUGGGUUAGAUGAAUCAGAUUCUGGAAUCAAUAUUGCUGGAAGAAAUAUUAACAACCUUAGAUAUAUGGAUGACCCAACUAUAAGAACUGAAAGUGAGAAAGAAUUUAAGAGCCUGUUGAUAAAGGAAUUCCGAUCAUACUGGGCAGAACUUAGAGGAACAACACUUUUUUUCUAUUCAGCUAGCAAAGAUGCAACCUAUGCAGAAAGGCUUGAUUUACUGGACCUAAUCCCAGCAGCAGUGGACCGUUCCCAAAACAGUCAGGUGCUGAAGUUUACACAUCGUGUCGGGAAUGAAGAAAUACAUUUGAAGGCAGAUAACGCCGAUGCCAGCAUAUUGUGGACUAGUUACAUCGAAACUGUCCUCAGGCUUGAGCUUCCCAGAAUGUUUUCACUGCUCCCAGGGCAAAUUCUCCGACUUCAGGAAAUAAUAGAGCAAGAAAGAGCCAGAAGAACCUCGGUGCCUCUCAAGCGACAAACCACAAUAACACAGGAGGAAGAGCAACAGGAAUAUGAUGAUAUCAUUACCAGAAUGCCAUUAUGUUUCUUCCCUGUCUCACGGCAGGAGGCCACUGACAUGCUAGAAAAAAAUCCUGAAUAUGGAAGUCUCAUUUUACGGCCCGGAAAUGAUAGUCAGAACUUCUCUAUUACCAUCAGCUUUCCCACCAUGAAACACUACAAGGUAUCAAGGACACCAGGUGGUUAUGUCAUUCAACUUGAGAAGCAAAUAACAUUCAAUAGUUUGGAUGAAGUAAUUCAGCAUUUUGUAAAUGAAACCAGGGGAAAUCUGAAGCCUUAUAUUCAGAGGGAUGACUACUCCACAACCAUUGAGUUUCCUUCUCCAUCUGCUACUGACAUUAAGGAAAGAAAAGCUGGCAUCCCUCGGGCAGCAGUUGCUCCGUAUGUCCACACUCCUGCCCCUCCACCACCUCCUCCUGCUCCAGCUCAAUGGGCAACUAAAAGAAGCUCCAGUGUAGCAAAACCAGAGGAUGAUUAUCUGAAUGAAGACGAUCUUGAUGAACUCAAUAAGAUGAAUUUGAAAGACAAUCAGCCUCCUGUCCGUGCUGUUCCAACCCCCAGUCCUCGUGCGAUCAUAGACAAUCAGCCUCCUGUCCGUGCUGUUCCAACCCCAGUCCUCGUGCGAUCAUAG